AUGGACGAGGAGAGCGGCAUUGCGUGGAACUUGUCAUCCCUUCUUGCCGAGGUUGCUGCGGUGAGGGCGUCCAAGGAGAGCGACGGGGAGGAGGACGUCAACAGCGUUAGUGCCGAGGCGCUGGGGCAGUUGUGCGCGGAGCGGAGGGCAGCCAGCAGUGCGGGGGUGCCCCACCGAGCACCCCCACUGCCGGUGUCGUUUUGUUCGUUGGCGGCGGACGUCAGCGGCGAGGCGGCACUCGGGGCCGUCCCGGCGUUCUUCAACGUCCCGCCGAACCAGGAGGCUGCGGUGGGCGGGUGGGUAAGUGCGGCCACCACCACCACCACAGCGACCUCCUCGUGCGGGGGGCACACCGGCACGCUGGCCGUGUCGCCGGAGAACCCGUUGAAAACGCCUUCCAACUCGCCGUACUCGAUGGUGGCGGGGCUCACGCCCUCAGCGUACAGCACCAGCGCGGCCGGGCCAAGAACUCUACCCGCAAACAACACCAUAGCCACGGCAGCAACGGCGAGUGCGACCUCCACCCCCUUUUGGAUAGCGCACAAGGCGGCGGCUACCGCUCACAGUGUCAGUCUCGCCGUCAGAACCCCCACCAUCGCUGGGGGUUAUAGCAGCAAUAAUAACAACGGCAAUAAUGCUGACAACUAUGUGAGCGCCUCCCACGGUGUGAGUGACCCGUUGAGCAGCCUUAACCUGCUACUCAACUUGUCCCCUGUCAAUGCGCCGAUCGGUGCGACAGGGGCUUCCGCCGUAAGAUUGUCGUCACCGCAGAAAAACAAUUUGGUUCUGAGCGGCGGCCCAUACACGCUUCAGCAGAAGAAGCCGCAUGUGAACGAAAACGAGAACGUGUGGGAGGCGGGAAACCGCAGUGGUGUUGUGCAGCAGCAUCAACAACAACAACAACCAAAAUAUACGGAGCGGUAUGACAUGCUCUCCAACUCCCUUCAAGGUGCACUGAUGAGGCCCCUGCCAGUGGUCCGGCAUGCUGCAGGGUGUCACCUCGCCGCACAAAGCCCUGACAAUCCCACCGCCGCUGUUAGCAGCAAUACACCUAUCAACCACAAAAACAUUAAAAAUAAAAGUAACAGCAAUAGAAAUACUGCCGAAAACAGUGGCAGGGGCUCUAACUGCUCGUGGAUGUUUCCUGAGGAGGGGUGGGGGAGUCCCAAGUCGUCCUCGCCGCCGACGCCACUCCGAGACUUGACCCGCUUUUUCGAGCCCAAAAGUGACACCACACCCGGUACGCGGCAUCCGCCACAAAGACACUCCCAGCAACAACAAGGAGCACCGCUGGCGCCUUUGCUUACCAGUGGCCAUGGGGAAAGUAACCAUCCAUCUUUAGCGUCGUCGGAACGGCGACGCAGUUCGAUGGCUGAUGGGCCAGCUGAACCUCAUCGUGAUGCAGUGUUCCCGCGCGUGCCGUUUCAGCCCUCUGUUCACCGUGGAUGUGUGAUGGAGAUGGCCUCAGAUCAGCAUGGAUGCCGUGAGUUGCAGUCAGUGCUGGAGCGGUUUCCCUACAACUCGCGGGAGGUUCAGUGCAUUGUGAACGAGUUGCUUCCUGGCUUGCCGAAGGUGAUGGCAAAUCCGUACGGGAAUUUUUUGGCUCAAAAAUUGCUGGAGAUUGCCCCAGACGAGGAUAGGCUGCGUAUGCUAUCACAGUAUCUGUCAAGCUCGCUUUCUGAGGUUGCCAUUUCCCCGCAUGGCAACUACGCCGUGCAGAAGUUGAUUGAUUCGCUGCGCUCGCGGCAGGAGGUGGAGGUGGUGUGUGCGGCGCUGCAGCGUGGUGUAAUGAUGCUGGUGAAUGAUCUCAACGGCGGUCACGUUGUGCAGAAGCUGCUGCGGUGCCUACCACACGACGUUGUAUUCGUGUAUGACACCAUCGUGGAGAGGACGCUUGCCAUCUGCAACGACAAACAAGGCUGCUGCGUAGUGCAGAAGUGCAUGGACUCCGCCUCGCCAGAGCAACUGCUGCGUUUACAGGAGGCGGUGCUGCGGCAUGUCUUGGAGCUCUCCACGAAUCCGUACGGUAACUACGUGGUGACGCACCUUAUUCGCCAAUGUCAUGACAGGAGCCAGCGUCACGUGGUGGACCGAGUUGCUGCCUGCGUGGGACCCGCGUUGAAGGUACUCUGCACCAACAAGUUUGCCUCCAACGUGGUGGAGAUCAUCCUGAACUUCUGCAGUGAGGCUGUUAAAGUGCAACUGUGCCGGUUUCUCUUGCAAGAACCGAAUGAGAAGACGCCGUUGCUUUUUAACAUCGCAGCCUCACAUGACCACCAACACGCGCCCGCCACGUCUUCCUCGUCGGCGACGUCGCAGCAAAUGUCGCAUCAUGUCUCCUCUACGCUCUCCACCGUCGCGCUUAACCAGUUUGGAAACUACGUGGUGCAGAAGAUGCUCGUUGAGCUUCCCGUAUGCACGGAACUCAUCCAUCUAAUUUACCGCCUGCACCGGCUGCUCCCAAAGCUGCUGGAGAUGAAUUUUGGCAAACGCGUGGAGGCAAAAAUGGAGCAGGCGAAGAUCCGCAUCACGCAGCACUACGAGCAGAAGGGAAUUACCGCAGGUAGCUUGCGCAAUUGCACCGCUGCAGUGAGACAAGCCGGCACGGCGAUGGCGCAUCCGCACAGCACACACGUCGCCGCCGAAGCCGCCUUGCAGUGGCCGCAGCAGCAACGAAGGCACCAUCACGAGGUAGUGCCGCCGUUAGCACCCGCAGUGACGGUGGUAGCGAGGGCACCAGCAGCACUGCCUGCCUCCCGCAACAGCGACAACCGUGACGUGGGGUAUCACACGAAUUCCGGUGUCUUAUUUGCCGUGUCACCGACGCUACGAGGGACGCCACAGCAGCAACCAGUGGACUUCCACCAGCAAUCCCGGCAAUCGCACCAUCGCCACGGUACCCGCUCCAGAAGACGUCGGGAGCAACGGAGCAAAGCGGAAAGGGGAUCGUAG